AUGGAAGCAUCGCUGAAGGAGUUGACUAUUCCUCGCGCACAGAAAGGUUAUCGCGAUGGCACGUUCACAGCCCGUCAAGUGGUAGAAUACUAUCUGCAGCGUAUCAAGACGAUCGACCAAGCCGACGAUGGGCCCAAGUUGAACAGUAUAUUGGCGGUUUCAUCAACAGCUGUCGCGGAGGCAGAUGCAUUAGAUGCACAUCUCAAAUCGACUUCGGAAUUGAAAGGACCCCUUCAUGGCAUCCCAGUCGUCGUAAAAGAUCAAGCUAGCACAAAGGGCCUCACUACCACAUACGGGUCGAUUCUCGCCAAAGAUUAUAUCCCGGAGCAAGAUGCAACUUUGGUCUCAAAGUUGAAGGCGGCAGGAGCCAUAAUUUUGGCGAAGACAACCAUGCCAGAUUUCGCUACGUCUUGGCACUCGACGUCUUCUAUGUCAGGCACGACGAAGAAUCCGUACGAUACGAAAAGAGACCCGGGGGGCUCAAGCUCUGGCACAGGUUCCGCUAUAGCAGCUGAUCUGGGUCUCUUGGGCGUGGGUGAAGACACCGGGGGCUCGAUUCGAGUACCUUCUUCGUUCUGCGGGCUCGUUGGUAUUCGAUGUACCCCUGGUAUAAUCAGCCGUAUGGGCAUGUCACCCCUCCUGGUUCCCCAAGACACACCGGGACCUAUGUGCCGAACCGUCACCGAUGCUGCCUUGAUGCUCGACAUACUCGCUGGCUUCGACGAACAGGAUCCUUAUACAGCAGCAGCAGUCAUCGCCGGUCCGCCCACCGGAGGAAGCUAUGCGGCCAAUCUAUCCGUGAACAAGAUCAAAUCGGCACGGAUUGGAGUCCUCCGAGAUGUGUUCGGACCAGACUCUAAUCCGGAAAGUCAAUCCGUGAACAGAGUUAUCACAGCAGCGCUGCAAACGCUUCAAGACAAUGGCACGGUCCUUGUUGACGUCGAGAUCCCGAACCUGAAGAGUCUCCUCGAGAUAACAUUCACAUAUCACCAACGCUCUCGAUCCGACCUCGAUAAUUUCUUCAGUCAACACCCGUUCUUGAAAACGAAUACUAAGGAGAUUUACGACUCGAAGAACUACCAUCCUGCCCUUGAUCUAUUUGAGGGUAUUGCUCUGGGGAUUGGCACUCCCCAGAAUGACCCCGACUUCACCGCUCGGCUUCUUGCCCGAGAAGAGCUUCAAAGGGCGAUUACUGUCACUCUAGCUAAGCAUGGCCUCGAUGCUCUAGCUUUCCCAGAUGUCCAGAUCCCGGCUCCUCUACUUGAAGAUGUACUUUCUCAGAGAUGGCCUGCUGCGGCCUUCCCUACCAACACGCUGGUAUCAUCACAGUCGCUUUUCCCCUCUAUCACUAUCCCUGCAGGCAUGACCCAGGGGGACAGCGGCUUACCUGUUGGCUUGGAAUUGGUUGCCCUGCCAUACCGAGAGCAAAAGCUGCUGGAAUUGGCAUACGGAGUGGAACAACUCGUCCAGGGUCGGAAACCUCCAGUACUGUGA